AAGUUACAUACAGAACAACGAGCAACUUAUACGCGUACAUACUCGAUUUCUCGCAGUGACAUCGAAUGUACAUGCGAGUCGACGUUACUUGAAUUUUGUGAAUCGAUCAGUGCGGUGUACGCAGUUGUGCUAGUGAUUCCAGUGGUCUCGAGAACGUUACGGGUUGACCAAGCAUUCGAGUUUCUUAGAAGCGAGAAAAGUGCGUGUCAAGGCAACCGAGCGUCUAAUUGCUCGUAUUGUGGGCCCAAUUUAUUCUUACGACGACUAGCUCGGCAAAUGUUUCCUUGCGAUACGUUGCUAUGUAGUACCGGUGUAAAUGAAGCGGCGGCGUAUAACGCGGUCGCGUGGUAAAGGAAUACCGCCUGUGGGGGCGAUGAGAAUGGCGCGCAAAUGUUGCGUGCGUAGCUGUGAAGCUGAUGUGCAAGAAGCUCGUGCUAAAGGGUUUCCACUUCAUAAAUUCCCGAAGGAUAUUGGCCUGAGGAGCAGGUGGUUGGCCAGUGGUGGAUUCGAUGCAAGUUUUAAACCUUCGCCGGGUCAAAUUGUCUGCCACAGACAUUUUAAACGUGCCGAUUACGAAGCCGCCAAGGGACACAAAUUGCUUCUACGAAAAGGCAGUGUGCCAUCAGUUUUUACAGAUUAUGAUAAUCAUCCAGAUCCUGCAAUUAUGUCUGUAAAAUCAUCAACUUCUUACGCACAAGAGGAUUUGGAUCUCAUUAAUUCUGAAAUAUUAAAUUUGGAACAAUCUAUUUCGCCAUUAUUAUCUGAAGCAAGAACACCAAAAUCUGACAGCUGUGGAGAAACAUGUUCAUCUAGACCAGAAUCAUCAGCUGAUUCCAUUAAUAUGACAGAUUCAGCGGACGUAAUUGAUAAUGGAUUUAAAACGUUACCUGUAAAAAGUGAAAUUAUGUCUCCUAUAAAACAAGAAAUCAAUGAGAAUUUAGAACUGGAAGUAAAUACCAUGGCUGCGCAAUUAGGUAUUGUAGAAUCAGAUGUGACAAUAAAAAAUAUCCAGAAAGACUUAAUUAUUAAGGAAGAGCUGAAAAAUAUUAAAAUAGAUGAUGAUAAAACAUUUGAUAAACCAGAAGAAUUAAAAACAAAAGUAUUAAGUCGGGAUGGACUAAAAUUUUUUCCUGGAGCCAAAUUGGAAGCAAAAGAUUUCAAUGAUAAAUGGUAUUCUGCUAAAGUUGUUGAAACUGAUUGGGAUGAAAGAGAAGUUUUAAUACAUUUUGACAAAUGGAGUUCAAGAUUUGACGAAUGGAUACCUAUGGAUAGCUCUAGAUUACGUGUGUUACAAACACAGUCAAACGAACAAACUUGGGACCUGCCAUCUCCGGAAACGAAAAUGAAAGACUUUUCAGUUGGAGAAAGGAUACUUGCUACGUGGGCAGAUGGGAGAAAAUAUCCAGCGAAAGUAAAUGCAGUGUUAGGAAAUGAUAGAUACGAUGUACUCUUUGAUGAUGGAUACGCAAAGACCGUUAAAUCGUCGAAAAUGACAAAAAUCGCUACAACAUCCACAAAGCAACCUGUUCAAAGCGAAGAUUACAUAGGAAGUAAACAAGAAAGGAGAGAUAAGAAGCGAAAACAUAUAGUGAUGGAGUUGUUCCAUACACAUUCUAGAAAGCGAUCCAAAAAUGAAGCGGAUAAGUUAGUAAAAAAAGAAAGUCCUACAAUAAAUGAUGGAGGAGAUAGUCUAUCCGAAAGUAAGAUUGAUUUAGACGGUACAUUGUUUGGACCAUGUUACGAUCCUGGUACGGAUUUAUUACGAGGAUUUGACACUAACAUAUCAAAAACAAGACCAUAUGCAAAAAAAAGCAAGAAAGAAAUGUUUAAGAAUGACAUAGAUCAAGAAGAAGAUGUUGGACCUGAAUGGGUAGAUGGUGAGCCGCAAGGGAUUGAAUCAUACAUCGUAGAUGGAAAUGAUGGACCACGUCGUUCAAUAAUAGUUGCAGAUAAAAGACUGCCAGCUGGUUGGCAGAAACAUUUUACUCAAAGAAAAGCAGGUACAUCCGCUGGAAAAUGGGAUGUUUUAUUUCUUCACAAAUCAAGUGGAAAGAAAUUUAGAUCAAGAAAUGAUAUCCGAGCAUUCAUGGAAAAUCAGGGGCAAUCAGACUUUGACCCAGAAAAAUUUGAUUUUUGUAUUCAUCGGAAAAAGAGAAGCCACGGUCCGAAAAUAAAGCAAGAAAUUGUUACAGAGAUGCCAAAGAAAAUUAAGACUUUAUUACCGAAAACAAAAGCAUUACCAUUAGCUGACACAUUACUUAUACCUACAAAUGCACCAGUUACAACUUUAGUGCCUACGCCAACAGCAUCUGUUGCUGAUGGUGGGACAAUUUACUCUGUUUUUAUUGGGGGACUUCGUGUAGAAAUGGAGGAUAGCGCUUAUAAAUGUCCGAAACAAGGGUGCAAUAAAACCUUUAGAAAAGAAAAUCUUUUGCAAAUGCAUAUAAAACAUUAUCACCCAGAAUAUUCAAAAUUUUUGGGAUCAACUCCAAAUGUUGCAGACUUAGCUUAUGCAAGAACAAUUGGAGAAUCAAUUGAAGAUAUUAUACCUAGAAAAUCGAAUAAUGUGUUAGAAAAAUAUAACAAAUUAGGAAAGAAAAAAACUGGUCAAGAUAAACCAUUGUAUGCAAUGUCACCGACACAAACAAAUUCUAUUCAACCAACGUCACCGACGAUAGCAAUGCCAACAGUCUCCGAAGUAGAAGAUGAAUUUGACCAAAUAGAACAGUCUAAUGAAGCGCAAGUAGAAGAUGUUAAAGUAGAAAGAAUGUCUCCAAUUUCUAGUCGCAGUGUAGAUAUGGACGAUGAAAUUGAGAAGAAACGAGAAGAUAUGUGUGCAAUGUCACCAGGAACACUAUUUGAUCUGAAAGUCCGGGAAGAAAAAACACCAAGUGGUAUUAAAACCCUUCUUCCAGUGAGACCAACUACAUCAUCAGAAAUACAGAGAAUCGAUAGAUCGAAAUCCUUAGACGAAGGUAUUCAUAUUGAUAAAAUGAAGGGUCAAAGGAAACGACAAUUAUCGGAGUAUAGUUCUGAUGUUCCAAGCAGGGGUAAAAGACGCCAUGGUAUUCAAGAAAUUACGGAUGAAUACGGUGAUUUAGAUGAGAGUGCAGUAGAUGCUGAAGGUCCGACUACACUUAUGUACAGAUACAGCCGCCGAAAAUCAGAUUCAAGAAGUGAUGAGAACAGCCAAAGUAGUCAACUAAACGAUUCUCAUCUCGAAAAAGCUGAUCCCCUGAAAGGGGAUGUAACUAAAAGAGAUACAAAUAAUGAUGGUGAAGAAAAUGAAGGCGUUAUGAUGAUGAUUAAUGGUGAAAUGAUAAAAGUGGAACAACUUCGGAGAGAAGAAAUAAUAAAUUGUACAUGUGGAUACAUGGAAGAAGAUGGCUUAAUGAUACAAUGCGAUCUCUGUUUAUGCUGGCAACACGGACAUUGCAACGCUAUUGAAAAGGAGAAGGAUGUUCCCGAAAAAUACAUUUGUUAUAUUUGUCAGAAUCCCUAUCGUCAAAGACCAUCGAAAAAAUAUUUCCAGGAUCAAGAUUGGAUAAAAGAGGGCAAACUGUCAUCAUUAUCUAAUCGAUCGAAAAAUCAAUAUGCACUUAAUCAAAGAACAGCUAUGUUGAAACGUUCUUAUGAUUUAGUUGCUGCUCUUUUGCAAAUACAGCAAGUGCUGCACAGUUUAAGAAUAAAAAUUAAUGUAGCUGAAAAGAAAGAUCAUCCAAAGUUAUAUCUGUGGGCAAAGAAUUGGGAAAAGAUUGAAAUACAAAAACCAGAUACAACGCCUGUACCAAUUAUAGAAAUUACAAAAGCACUGAAAGAUUCUGUAGACCCUGUAGUUGAUGUGACACGUCGCAUUGAAGUCAAAAUGGAAACUAAAUUUACUUUGAAAGAGGAUCCUGAUGAAAAAUCAAUAGCCUCAGAUACGGAGUUGAUGAAAAUUUUAGAAGAAGAUAAUACACUUGCAGACGAAUCUAAAAUUGUUUGUAAGAAAGAAGAUUCAACGGGUCAAAAUAAAAGUCACAUUCUUCUUGAUGCACUUACAAAAAGUUCUAGCCAAGAAGGAAAAUAUAAGACUUCAACAUCUGAUACUAAAACGGUUGCAGAUCUAUUAUCAAAUGAAACAACAGAAGAUGAUAUAUCUGCGCCAACAUUAUCAACACACGAAAUGCAGGAUGAUAAUGAACAUGAUUUAUCAACACCAUUACAACCUUUUAUACCACAACCGGAGGCACCUAUAGAUCCAGGAGAAUGUCGAAUGCGGUUAUUGGAACAUAUUGAACAUUUUCAAAACCAUGUAGAUGCUAAAUUAACAUCUAUUGAAGCGCAAGUUUGCGCAUUGGAAGCUAUGGAUCCAGAAGAUGUACGUAGUCAAAACGUUCAACCUCGUACUAAACAAACAAUUCAAAUGCUACUCCGGGAUUUAAAUACAGUGCGAAAGUUAGCAGCUUUAUGUUAGAUAAUUAUUUUCCUGAAAAUGACUUCAAAAAUUAUCUAAUGCAACUACUACUUGUUUGUAGCAUUGCUACAGCUUUGUUAAGAAGCAAUUGUCUCGAGUUGUAAUUAAAACUUGCAAAUAGUUAUAUGUUCAUAUUUUAUACUGUAUAUACAGUGAAGGGGUAUAACUCGUAACUAAGAUUGUAUUAAAUACGAAUACAAAUUAUUAUUGUGUAUAAAGACCACUUAGUUCUGUUUAAGCACAAUUAUGACUAAAUUGGUUAUAAUAUUAUUUAUAGUUAUGUUAUUAUUAUAGUAAAAUCGAAUACUUUCCAAAAUAAAUAUAUACCAUGCAGUACCUUUCAUGCAAAUACUAAAGAACUGAAGAUGCGAAAAAAAGAUGUGACACAAUGGAAGUUAACAAAUGAUAGUAUUGUUUUUAUAAAAUAUAUUUAUUUAUGAGAAUAUACUUGUUGUCUUUAUUGGUA